AAUAAUAAUUACGUCAACUCUGCGCGACUCAGAGCAAAAUGGCUUCCACUUGCCAGGCUGAACUCUCGUGUCAAGAGGUUUAGGUUAAAUUUCAUUAACUGUGUAACCUUAACGACAUGGACAUGACCGAGGCUAACGAUGCCAGUUUUGGAAUAGAGGUUAUUUUUCCAGAGGGCGGUAAAACAGCUCCAUGUUGCCCGCAUGGUCCAUCCUUGCUAUUUGAGAAAGUCAACAAAGGAGGAGAGAAAGGCAGGAGGUUUUAUGCCUGCUCAGCCUGUAGAGACAGAAAAGACUGCAGUUUUUUCCAGUGGGAAGAUGACAAGGUGUCGGAGGCCAGGCUGUUGGCUAGAAAAGCAGAGAACCAGUCAAAGAGGCCUCUGCUCAGCCAUAGGGAGUACUGCACCAGGUUCAGAAAGUUUGCCUCCCUCCCGCUGGAUGAGAAGAAGUUCUGUCAGGAUUGUCAGAUGCUGCUCCUGCCAGGAGAGCAUGCUGCCCACUGCUCUCACAGAUGCACAGCCGUCACCACGGCCCAGCUGAGGAGGCCCAGUGUGCUGCUGCGUGCUCUGGACAACAAGAAGAGCAACGCCCAGUACCUGUUCACCGACCGCAGCUCACACUUUCUGCUGGAUACCCUAGCUGCUCUGGGAUACAGGAAGGUCCUGUGUGUGGGCACACCCAGACUCCAGGAGCUGAUCAAGCUGCGAAACCUGGAGCAGAAACAUGAGCCAAUGAAGAGUCUGCUGCUGGACAUUGACUUCAGAUAUGCCCAGUUCUACAGCCAGGAUGAGUUCUGUCAUUACAACAUGUUCAACCAUCACUUCUUUGGUGGAGAGACCUCCAGUGCAGUCCUGCAGGCUUUCCUCAGAGAGUGUGACGGGGAGAAGGUGGUGAUGGUGGCUGACCCUCCAUUCGGCGGUCUGGUGAAGCCUCUGGCCAACAGUUUCUCUCUGAUCUCACAGACAUGGAGGCAGCUGCAGAGCAAUGACAGCAGUAACGCUGACAUGCCCACGAUGUGGAUCUUCCCGUAUUUCUUUGAGCCUCGUAUCCUGGAGUGCCUCCCCUCAUUCAACAUGCUGGACUACCAGGUGGACUAUGACAACCAUCCUCUGUAUAAACAUGGGAAGACAGGCAGGAAACAGUCUCCUGUCAGACUCUUCACUAACAUCUGUCCCAGAGAUGUUGUCCUGCCCAAAGAGGAGGGCUACAGAUUUUGCUCUGUAUGUCAGAGAUACGUCUGGUCCCUAAAUAAGCACUGUGCUCAAUGCAACAUCUGUCCAUCCAAGGAUGGCCGCGAAUGGAAGCACUGCUCAACAUGUGAGAAAUGUGUGAAACCAUCAUGGAAACAUUGCCGGUCCUGUGUUCGCUGUGCCCUCCCAGACCACCCAUGUGGCCAGAGCCAAGGAAAGGAGGGCUGCUUCAAAUGCGGCAGCCUGCAGCACAAACGCAAAGCCUGUCCUCUCACAGACACGCACUGGAUCAGCAUUUAUCGGUCUAAUGCCAAGAGUGGAGCCAAAAAUCUAUCCCAUCCCUUCUACAAGCCUAAAGCUAAGAGGAUGUCUGGAGCAGCUCGCAGAGCAAAGAAGAUGGCUGCUCAGUCUAUGUGACCUCGGUAUGCGUGCAGUGUCUUGUCAGCUGUGCAAUCAGAAGCUAUGAGUUUGUUGUUUUUUUUUGUUGUUGUUUUUUUUUUUUUACACUCAAAUGGCUGUUCUUAACAAUG